GGAAAGUUAUCUGGCACAGAAAAUCGGUCUGACCUGUCAGAAACAUGGCCACCAGUGCUGUUCCUAGUGACAACCUCCCCACAUACAAGCUUGUGGUGGUAGGGGAUGGAGGCGUGGGCAAGAGUGCCCUUACCAUCCAGUUCUUCCAGAAGAUUUUUGUGCCUGACUACGACCCCACCAUUGAAGAUUCCUAUCUGAAGCAUACAGAGAUUGACAAUCAGUGGGCCAUCCUGGACGUUCUAGACACUGCUGGGCAGGAAGAGUUCAGCGCCAUGCGGGAGCAGUACAUGCGCACGGGGGACGGCUUCCUCAUCGUCUACUCCGUCACGGACAAGGCCAGCUUCGAGCACGUGGACCGCUUCCACCAGCUUAUCCUGCGGGUCAAAGACAGGGAGUCAUUCCCGAUGAUCCUUGUGGCUAACAAGGUCGAUCUGAUGCAUUUGAGGAAAAUCAACAGGGAGCAAGGAAAAGAAAUGGCAACCAAACACAAUAUUCCGUACAUAGAAACCAGUGCCAAGGAUCCCCCUCUCAAUGUCGACAAAGCCUUCCACGACCUGGUUAGAGUAAUCAGGCAACAGAUUCCGGAAAAAAGCCAGAAGAAGAAGAAGAAAACCAAAUGGCGGGGAGACCGGGCCACUGGUACCCACAAACUGCAGUGUGUGAUUUUGUGACAAGCCUGAGGCCCUGGGCGCAGUGACCAAACUGGCCAGUCCCUGGGCCCCUCUACUGCCUAACCGCACUGAAAACCGUUUCUAACCAUGACCCCUGGCCUGAGGACUUGGCACAGGGAGGGGGAAAGGGAGGGAGGGCAGGCAAGGGGGAGAUGGGGCCUGGCUUUGUCCAGAGGGCACCAGCUUUCCUGCUUCUUACAGGACAAGGAAGUGACAGGUGAACUGAAGCAGCAUCCAGACCCUUUGUUAGAUUCUACCGGGUUCCUCUCUUGGUGGCUGCAUUGUUUAUUUGAACUACGUAGUAUUUUGGUUUGUUGUGGAAUUGCCAGUCCAUGAGGUACAAAAUAAGCCAUGAACAAGUCCCACUCCUCCUCCCCCAGUCCACAGUGUCUGAGCUUGGGUGUCUUUUGUAGGUUUUUAAAUUAUUUUAGUGGUUAUUAUUUUAUUAAAGGAGUCUGUGCCCACUACCUGGUGAAGUUUCACCUCUUCAGUAGACCUCGCUGUAAUGUAUCUGGACUAUUGUUGUUUUAACUGAGAUUUCCCAGCAGUGCCAAAACUCAGCUCAGUCUGAAAGUGUAGUGACUAAGAGGUGAGGUCAGUGGGACCUGUAGUUAGAGACCUCAGGACACAGGCCCUAGUCUUGGCCUGACAGCUAGAGAGAAGCAAGGAGGUAUGGUCUACCCAAAGGCUUUUACUAUGGCUGAGGACGCAGGUGGCAGGAAACAGAAUUUUAUUUUGCUGAGGGGAGAAGCUGGUGUGAGAAUGUUACUUCCAAUAGGGGUUUUCUGGAAAUGUUAAAUAAGCUGAUUGGUUGCAGAAGAGUUCAUUUGUCAGACAACGUGGGUUAAGUUUGGUGUUCUUUCUGGCCUUAGAAAAGGCUUUCUCAGGUCUGUUUGUCCCUCUCUGCUCUCUCACAUGGCCUGUGCUGCCUGAUACAGACACACUGACAUGGGCAUGUACAUUUCUUCACAUCAACUAUGCUCAUGUGGACACCAUCCAGAAAACUAGCAAGUGCUAAAUCUUAACCAAAAUGAUCCAAUACUGUUCUUAUUGAAAUGACACCAACACCUGAAGUCAUAUUCCCUUUGAAUUAACCUACUGCCAUUUCUUAAACCCAGCACCUGAGCAAAGCCCUGUAAGUAUCUGCAGACUUAGUAGUAGCUUCCUUCCCAGCACACACUUUUGUUAAUCUCUUAGAUCUUAACUAUGAUGUUUGAUCAGAGGCAGAAAGGAAGGUUGGUGGUGAUGACAUCACUUCCAAUCAGCUGUUUCUGCACCGGGACAGUCUUCCAAUGCCCUAAUGAUGCCCACUUCUCAGGUGUUGCUGGUGUGAGCCAAAGACUGGAAUUUUCUGGCCAGGGUGGGGACAGAGGGACAGCAGGAACUCAUUGUCUCGCUGAGGUCAAAAGAUGAAGCAGCAUGGCUCAUGACCUUAUUUUACAUCUGUUUCAAUCAGCUUAUUAGGCAAACUAAAGCAUCCCUAGCAGGUGUCCUGCCUACUGUUUGGAGAAAGAAGUCUGGAGAGAGUGAGUCCCCAGCUGGGCAUGGAUUCUUCCCCAGUUUUGAAAGAUCAUAAUAAUCCAAGGCCUGAUCAAAGAGUGGUUCUGCUACAGAGUGAAACUAUUGGAACUUUGGUUAGUUAGAAAUCAGACCUCUCUUUUUAUCUGAAUAGCCCUUUCUAGCUGACCCUAAAAGGAAGGUUAACAAAGAACAUUCCAGAUGAGGCACUCAGAGCUAAACCCUAAUAGGACAAGGCCCUUUCCAACCUCUAUGCUCCUCCACGCCAUAUCCACAGCAGCCCUGGUGCCGCUUGGUGGCAGCUGCAAACUGGAGAUGAGACAGACGGGAAGAAGUAAGGAUGAAGAAGCUUUGCACCAAGGGAGUGGUGGCAAGGAGCGCUGCACACAGGGUAGUGUCUGGUGAGGAAAACUGCAACCUCUGCCCACCAUGAAGACUGUACUCCCCUGACAGCCCUGAGUAGGGAGUUUUGUUGGAAGCAGAUCACUUGACCCAAAAUGAAACCCUUAGCAAUGAAAGUAACCAGAAGAAAGGGUUCUGGCCAGUUCUGGCCUCCAGCACUGACCCCACCUUCCAGGUGUCUGUCACACACUCAGCCAUGGCUGUCUCCACAGUGCCCCAGGGCAAAACCAGCGAAAGAUGAUCUUCAUCUUAUGUUGCUGAGCCAAUGGUCAGCCUUAAUCACGCAUGACCUCAUCUGCACCUUAAGUGAGAUGAGUAAAUAACACCAUCAAAAGACUAUUCUUUGUGUUUAGAGUGGCUGUGGCAGCUCCCAGGUAGCCAGAAUGGCACGUACUGGGGUGUCCCAGUAUACUCUGCCAUGGUCAGGGAAACCAUUUGGCCAUGCUACUCCGUGACUGAGGAGCCCAUGGAGAUGUGAAUCUCUGGUGACAUCUUGGGAUCCCAUUGGACUCCCAGACUCCUGAGUAGUGAGUGUUACCAUCACAUCCCCUGGGCACACUCUUCUUGAAGUCUCCUUAACUUAUGCCUUUGCCACUGUGUGCUCUCAGAUUCCUUUCAAAAGUUCUGUGUCCCUCUUGGAGGGCCCCUGACUUCCCCUGUGCCACACCUGGACACCUGGGUGGUUUAUUACCUUUCCCCUGUCUUCCUGGGGCACUUGCUGUGGAGAGUGCCUGGUUGGCCCACCGUGGCUGGUCUCACUCUACUAGGAGAUGUGACCCAUUAACACACGGCAGCUCUAAGUCAUAGGUCUCACAGACACAUGGUGGUAAAUCUGGAGCACAGACACACUCGUUAGCCACUCACUGGAAACUCCAGGCCGGGUGGAGGUGGAUGAAAGAUACUUGAAUUCUGGAGCACCUGUGAGCACACAGCUUCUGCUUCUGUUACACAGUAUUAACAGGUGGUCAUUGUCGUGACAUGAGAGUGAAGCCCGAAAAUGUCAAUGAUGCUUGAGCCAUUUAUGUAACUUUUUAUUUUUUGUGUAUCUCAACUCAUUAAUAAAGAACAGGAACGCUU